AUGGCCUCAAACGAGCCUCCGGCGAAGAGGCUGAAAAGCUCGAACCUCCCGCCUGCCCUCCGCGAUGCAAAGCGCAAAGAUAUCGACAACUGGGAGACAAACCGGAUGCUGACCUCCGGAGUCGCCCAGAGACGCGAUUUUGAUGGCGACUUUUUGCCCGAAGAUGAAGAGGGAACUCGCGUCCAUCUACUUGUCCACGACCUCCGCCCACCCUUUCUCGAUGGCCGCACGAUCUUCACCAAGCAGCUGGAGCCUGUCUCCGCUGUCCGAGAUCCCCAAAGUGACAUGGCUGUUUUUAGUCGAAAGGGCAGUAGGGUUGUGCGAGACCGGCGACAGCAGAGGGAGCGCCAAAAGCAGGCGCAGGAAGCGACGACGGUUGCUGGCACCGCGUUGGGAAAUCUGAUGGGCGUGAAGGAAGAUGAAGGGGAUACUGCUGUCGCGAUGCCUGUGGAGGAGGUCUAUAAAGGCGGAAAUAAAUUUGCGCAUCAUAUGAAAAAGCAGGAUGAAGGUGGGCAGAGCUCGUUUAGUAAGAGCAAAACACUUCGCGAGCAACGAGAAUUCUUACCGGCAUUCGCUGUACGGGAGGAUCUCUUACGGGUUAUACGUGAUAAUCAGGUGGUGGUAGUGGUUGGGGAGACUGGUUCCGGGAAGACGACACAACUCACUCAAUUUCUUUACGAGGAUGGUUACGCUAAAUUUGGAAUGAUCGGAUGCACACAGCCCCGUCGAGUCGCGGCAAUGAGUGUUGCCAAACGCGUUAGUGAAGAGAUGGAAGUUGACCUGGGAGAUCUUGUCGGAUACGCUAUCCGCUUUGAGGACUGCACUGGUCCGAACACGGCUAUCAAAUAUAUGACUGAUGGUGUCCUUCUUCGAGAGUCACUUGUUCAGACUGACCUUGACAAGUACUCCUGUAUCAUCAUGGAUGAGGCGCACGAGCGGGCACUGAAUACGGAUGUGUUGAUGGGUCUUUUGAAGAAGAUCCUGGCCCGCCGAAGGGAUUUGAAGUUAAUUGUCACAUCAGCCACGAUGAAUGCUGAGCGAUUCUCACGGUUCUUUGGCGGUGCUCCGGAAUUCAUCAUCCCUGGAAGAACGUUCCCCGUCGACGUCCAUUUCUCUCGCACACCCUGCGAAGACUAUGUGGAUAGCGCUGUCAAGCAGGUCUUGGCUAUCCACGUUUCACAAGGCCCUGGAGACAUUCUUGUUUUUAUGACUGGGCAGGAAGAUAUUGAAGCGACCUGCGAACUAGUUGAUGAACGGCUGAAGCUGUUGAACGAUCCGCCAAAACUUAGCAUUCUACCGAUUUACAGUCAGAUGCCGGCGGAGCAGCAGGCAAAGAUCUUCGAACGAGCAGCCCCAGGGGUGCGCAAGGUGAUAGUAGCAACCAACAUUGCUGAAACCAGUCUUACCGUUGAUGGUAUUAUGUUUGUGGUAGACUCAGGCUACUCCAAACUCAAAGUAUACAAUCCCAAAAUGGGCAUGGAUACCCUUCAAAUUACGCCGAUUUCACAAGCGAAUGCGAACCAGCGUUCUGGAAGAGCCGGUCGAACAGGCCCUGGUAAAGCAUAUCGACUCUACACGGAGGUGGCAUACAAAAAUGAGAUGUACCUGCAAACUAUUCCAGAGAUUCAGCGAACCAGCCUCUCUAAUACGGUCCUUCUUCUCAAAUCCCUCGGCGUGAAAGAUCUACUUGACUUCGAUUUUAUGGACCCUCCACCUCAAGAAACAAUUUCUACCUCUCUUUUCGAACUCUGGUCUCUAGGAGCUCUCGACAACCUGGGUGAUCUUACGCAUUUGGGGCGGCAAAUGACACCCUUUCCAAUGGAUCCUCCUCUCGCAAAGCUCAUUAUUACGGCCGCGGAGCAAUAUGGUUGCAGCGAGGAAAUGCUCACGAUCGUCUCGAUGCUUUCUGUGCCCAACGUCUUCUACCGCCCCAAAGAGCGACAGGAAGAAUCUGACGCCGCACGCGAGAAAUUCUUCGUCCCCGAAUCAGAUCAUUUAACGCUCUUACAUGUCUACACACAGUGGAAAUCAAACGGGUAUUCGGACCACUGGUGCACAAAGCAUUUCCUGCACGCAAAGACCCUCCGCCGUGCCAAGGAAGUCCGCGACCAGCUGAACGAUAUAAUGGUCAUGCAGAAACUGCCCCUCAUCUCCUGCGGGACAGACUGGGAUGAGAUUCGCAAGUGUAUUUGCUCGGGUUUCUAUCACCAGGCUGCAAGAGUUAAAGGAAUCGGCGAAUUUAUCAACCUACGCACUAGCGUUAGCAUGGCACUCCAUCCAACCAGUGCGCUUUAUGGGCUAGGCUAUGUGCCCGAGUAUGUCGUCUACCACGAACUCAUCCUCACGAGUAAAGAAUAUAUGUCUACCGUUACCGCUGUUGAUCCACAUUGGCUCGCUGAACUAGGCGGCGUCUUCUACAGCGUCAAAGAGAAAGGCUACUCUCACCGCGAGCGCCGCGUCACAGAACAAGAGUUCAACCGCCGCAUGGAGAUUGAGUCGCAGAUCGCCGCGGACCGUGAGCGCGCUGCCGCAGAGAAACGGCGCGAAAAGGAGAAAACGGAAUUAUCGAGACGCAAAAAUGAAGUUGAGGUUGGUGGGGGGAGGCCUGGGGUUGGGUCUGUUGUGCGCAGGCCGGCGGUUGCGGGCAGGAAGAUUGGUGGGUUAACGGCUUCGUCGUCUACGGGGCGGAAUGGGACCUCAUCUGGCGGUAACGGUAGUGGAGGGAGUGUGGUCAAGAAGCCACAGAUUAAGCGCAAGCCGGGACGCGCGUUCUGA